AUGGCUGCAGACCUCGGAGAGCUGCUGGUCCCUUACAUGCCCACCAUCAGAGUGCCCAGGACCGGGGACAGGGUCUUCAAGAGCGAGUGCGCCUUCUCCUUCGACUCUCCAGAGUCGGAGGGAGGCCUGUAUGUGUGCAUGAACACAUUCCUGGGCUUCGGACGAGAACAUGUGGAGAGGCAUUAUCGCAAAACAGGACAGAGCGUUUACAUGCACCUCAAACGACAUGUCAAAGAGAAAACCACAGGAGCUGCAGGAGGCGCCAUCCCCAGACGAAGAAAUGGAAAAGUGUUUCUAGAUUUAGAGCUAAACCGUGAUUUUAACGGAGAGGACUAUGAAUACGAAGACGAGGCCAAGCUCGUCAUUUUUCCAGACCACUUCGAGAUCCCCUUACCAAAUAUUGAGGAGCUUCCCGCUCUGGUGACCAUCGCCUGUGACGCGGUGCUCAAUGCACCAUCAGCUUACAAAAAGCAGGAGCCUGAAUCCUGGGAGGAGGAGAUCCAGGUGUCCCGACAUGCCAGGAGCCUCAGACAGCUGGAUAACGGGGUCAGGAUCCCACCCAGCUGCUGGAAGUGUCAGAAGUGCGAGAUGAGAGAAAACCUGUGGCUGAACCUGACAGAUGGAACAGUGCUCUGUGGGAAGUGGUUCUUUGAUGGGAGCGGGGGCAACGGCCACGCUCUGGACCACUACAAAGAGACCAAAUACCCCCUGGCUGUCAAAAUGGACACCAUCACCCCAGACGGAGCAGAUGUCUACUCAUUUGAGGAGGAGGAAGCUGUGCUGGACCCCCAUAUGUCAGAACAUUUGUCACACUUUGGAAUAGACAUGCUACAGAUGCAGAAAAAGACAGAGAACGGUCACCACACAGACAAUAACUCUCGGCCGCGGGUCAGUGAAUGGGAGGUGAUCCAGGAGUCGGGCAUGAAGCUGAAAGCGGUGUUUGGUUCUGGUUACACGGGCGUCAAAAACCUGGGCAACAGCUGCUACCUCGGCACAGUGAUACAGGUCCUCUUCAGCAUCCCAGACUUCCAGAGGAUGUAUGUGGGUAAUCUUCAGAGGAUAUUUGACUAUUCACCCCUUGACCCCAGCCUGGACUUCGCCACGCAAAUGGCUAAACUGGGACACGGACUGCUCUCAGGCCAGUUCUCCAAACCACCCAUGAAAUCUGAGCUCAUUGAACAGGUGAUGAAAGAAGAAUACAAGGUAUUAAACUGGCACCAGCAGAAGGGCGUCUCUCCCCGGAUGUUGAAGUCCCUGGUCAGCAGGGGACACCCAGAGUUUUCCUCUAUCAGACAACAAGAUGCCCACGAGUUCCUCCUACACAUCAUCAACCAGGUGGAGAGGAACAGCGCAGGUUCGGAGAACCCAAGCGACGUCUUCCGCUUCCUGGUGGAGGAGCGAGUUCAGUGCUGCCAGUCCCGUCGGGUUCGUUACACUCAGCGGGUGGACUACUGCAUCCAGCUGCCAGCUCCCAUUGAGAUGGCCACCAAUCGAGAGGAGCUGAUGACAUUUGAGGCUAAGCGGAGGGAAGCUGAGGAGAACAUGCGGGCUCCUCCUGAGCCGGUUAGAGCGCGGAUCCCCUUCACCGCUUGCCUGCAGGCCUUCACAGAGCCGGAGAACGUCCUUGACUUCUGGAGCUCGGCGCUGCAGGCCAAGUCGGCCGGAGUCAAAACUUCCCGUUUUGCCUCCUUCCCAGAGUAUCUGAUUUUGCAGAUCAAGAAAUUCACAUUCGGUGUUGACUGGGUGCCAAAAAAACUAGACUUGGCCAUCGAUGUUCCAGACUUUCUGGAUCUGAGCAGGCUGCGGGCCGCUGGGCUGCAGGCGAGUGAAGAGGAGUUGCCUGACCUCAUGCCUCCCAUCGUGCUGCCUGAAGACACCAGAGAUAACUCCAUGGGCUCCAUAGACUCUCCUGAAAUAGACGAGGCGGCGGUAAUGCAACUGGCAGAGAUGGGCUUCCCGCUGGAGGCCUGCAGGAAGGCGGUCUACUAUACCGGCAACAUGGGCCCAGAAAUGGCCUUCAACUGGAUCAUAGCCCACAUGGAGGAGCCUGACUUUGCAGAACCUCUCGCUCUGCCCUCCAUGAUGGAUCCCGGUCCGUCCACCAGCGACAGCCCCAUGGGCGCCACCCCGCUGGGCAACUCGCCCCCUGAAGAGAGCAUCGCCAUCCUCACUUCAAUGGGCUUCCCCCGCGCUCACAGCAUCCAGGCACUCAAAGCCACGAACAAUAACCUCGAACGAGCGCUCGACUGGAUCUUCAUCCACCCGGAGGAGGAGGAGAGCGACGCCCUGUCAGACAUGGCGGACACGGAGCCCAACGACAACGCUUUCUCCAACGCCAACUCACACAGCGACUCCACGCUGUCCCCAGACAGAGACACGUCGGGCCCGCGGGUCAAAGACGGACCAGGACGUUAUGAGCUCUUUGCUUUCAUCAGUCACAUGGGAGCAUCCACAAUGUCUGGACAUUAUGUUUGUCACAUCAAAAAGGAGGGAAGGUGGGUGAUCUACAACGACCACAAAGUGUGUUUGUCAGAAAGGCCUCCAAAAGACUUGGGCUACAUCUACUUUUACCAUCGACUGUCUAGCAGUUAAACUGAAGUUACCGACCCCUACCCCCCCCUCCCCUCCACCAUGCAACCUUUUAAAGAACCGCAGUCUUUCACCCCGAAGACUGGCAGACAACUUUAAUAACAGCCACAGUGGAAACGAUGGAAAUAGCCUCUCAGACCAGCUGCUCGCCUUACCGUGAUGUCAUUCAGGAGCAACCAGGAACUCUGGUCAGAAAGGGAAAGCAAUGUGCUUCUUGUGCAUUUGUGUUAUGUUACGCUUUAAAUGUGUAUUUCAGUGUUUAUGUUCAAGAGAAGACAUUUUCUUGACGGUGUAAGUGCAGAGGGAUGUGUGCAAUUUCCGCUUCUGUACACAAAAUAAUGUCACAUAUCAAAUCUCAUUGUUCCUCCUCUAUGCCUUCAGCUACUGUGCCAGUAUUUUCAAAGUGGUACAUUUUAUAAAUGUAUAUUGAAAUGGCUUCACUGCCAGCCCUGAAAUGCUCUGAAACUGCAACAACAAACAAGAAAUCACUGCUGCUGGUGGCUUUGCAUCUUUGAAAUACACACAAAAAAGCCAUUAAGAAUUAAAAUCUUUUGGUUGAACACUGAAAGAAAUAGCAACAUACUGUGUGUUCAGACUGGAGAGCACCAAGAAGGACCCGAACAGGUGUUAACUAGACUGUAGUUAUAAAUACAGUAUUACCAGUUGAAUGAUGGCCCAAACCUGCUCCAGUUCUACCUGAUGACGUGCAAGUUUGGCCCUUUUAAUGAGGUAAGCUUGCUGAGAGCUCAAGAUAGACGAGUUUCCUUCCCUGAACGCACUUUUUGACUAAAACAAGUCAUAUAUUCAGCUGAUGCCGUUGAAAUGGACUUUUUCUUCACCACCUAUGAGCAAUUGAAUGUGAUAUCUUAAAUUUCUACUUCAGUACCGCUGAACCUGUAAAUCCUUGAAGUGGCCAUUAGUCUAUGAAGAGAUGACAGCAUAGCAUAUAAUUGAUUGAUAUAAGCAAAGCUGUGCUUAUUCUAAGAUUGCUAUCAAGUCACAAGUGCAGUGAACUUCUUUCUUGAAUUACAUUUGCCUGAUUAUUCUCAUAGUAGGCAAAACUUGAACUCUCAGCUGCAGCUGGUCCACUUCACUUCCUUUAUCACUCUGACAGAUUCAGACUGUAACCCAAAAGUUAAAAUGAAUGUUUUCCUUCACCUGUUGCCACUUUUUUACAGGUCAGUUAAUUCAUUUUAUGCAUCUGAAGCAAUAUAUGCAACUACAACCAAAUCUACUCUUGAACCUACUGUAUGAUGACAGCUGUUCAGUGAUCUCUUGUACUAACUGACGUGGUGCAGUGAUGAAUGUAUGACUUCAUGGUGCUCACUGCAACCAAAACCUGCUGUUCAGCCUCAAUACUCCGAAACCACAGUGAACGUACAACUGGCCCUUUGCUGUUUAAUCACUAUAACUAACCUCAUGCUGGAUUAUCCACCGACUCUGUACUCUUCUCAUUUAUCAACUCAGUAUGUCCACAAUGUGCCGGACAGAUUCAACAUUAUUGUUUGUCAGAUACUCGUGAAUAUGCAGCCUCGGACUGAAUCUUGUUUUAUCUGUUGCAUCUCAAAAGGGUGGAGUUAUACUACAAAGUGUUGGUAUUUUGUCAGUGGCACAAACACUUAAUUCCAGUUUGGUGACCUUGGCAUGCGGUGAAACUGCAUGGUGCACCUUUGGGUGCAUAUUUUAAAGGGGAGUUCUGCUGAGACUGCUUAGACUUUCCGAAUGUUACAGUCGUCUGCAAAAGUCAACACCUUCUUAAAGGGGCAGUGUGUAGGAUUUCGGGGGAUCUAUUAGCAUUAGUAUUA